CCCCCCCCCCCCUCGCCGGCACGCACCUCCGACUCCCUCUCCUUUUGAAGCAUGGCGGGCCUGCAGCUCGUCACCCCCGCCUCUUCAGCCAUGGGGCCUUUCUUUGGGCUGCCAUGGCAACAGGAGGCCAUCCACGACAACAUCUACACGCCCAGGAAAUAUCAGGUAGAACUUCUCGAAGCAGCUCUGGAACACAAUACCAUAGUCUGCUUGAACACUGGCUCAGGGAAGACCUUCAUCGCAGUGCUCCUGACAAAAGAGCUCUCGCACCAAAUCCGCGGCGACUUCAGAGACGAUGCAAAGAGGACGGUUUUCCUGGUGAACACAGCCUCGUCGGUGGUGCACCAGGCCUCCGCCGUCAGGACGCACUCUGACCUCCAGGUGGGGGAGUACACCAGCCAGGAGGACGCCGUCGCCCGCACCCCCCAGCAGUGGACCCAGGAGUUGACGGAGAUGCAGGUGCUGGUCAUGACGUGCCACAUAUUCCUGCACGUUCUGAAGAAUGGAAUCUUGCCGCUGUCUAAAAUCAACCUGGUGGUGUUUGAUGAGUGCCACCUGGCCAUCACCGACCACCCCUACCGGGAGAUAAUGACGCUGUUUGACGGCUGUUCUGGAGGCCCGCGGGUCCUGGGCCUCACCGCCUCCAUCCUGAACGGGAAGUGUGACCCCUCAGAGCUGGAGCGCAAGAUCCUGAACCUGGAGGACAUUCUGAGGAGCAACGCCGAGACGGCCACCGACCUGGUGGUGCUGGACAGAUAUGCCUCUCAGCCCAGAGAGGUGAUCCUGGACUGCAGCCCUUACCUCGACAAGAGCGGCCUCUCAGCGCGUCUGCAGUCUGAGCUGGAGGAAGCUCUCCACUUCCUCAACGACUGCAACAUACCCUCAGCCCGGGAAGACCGGGACCCCACUUUCAUUUCCAGACAGAUCCUGGGCGACUGUCUGGCGGUGCUGGUGGUGCUCGGGCCGUGGUGCGCCGACAAGGUGGCGGGCAUCAUGGUGCGCGAGCUCCAGAAGUACGUCAAGCACGAGCAGGAGGAGCUGCACCGCAAGCUGCUGCUGUUCACGGACACGGCGCUGCGCAAGGUGCACGCGCUGUGCGAGGAGCACUUCUCGCCGGCGUCGCUGGACCUCAAGUUCGUCACGCCCAAAGUGCUGCGGCUGCUCGAGAUCCUGCACGAGUACAAGCCCUUCGAGCGGCAGCAGUUUGAGAGCGUGGAGUGGUACAACAACCGCAACGAGGACAACUACGUGUCCUGGAGUGACUCCGAGGAGGAGGACGACGAGGAGGAGGACGAGGAGCAGGCGGAGGCCAAGGAGCGGCCCGAGGCCAGCUUCCCCUCGCCCUUCACCAACAUCCUGUGCGGGAUCAUCUUCGUGGAGCGCCGCUACACCGCCGUGGUGCUCAAUCGUCUCAUCAAAGAGGCAGGGAAGCAGGACCCAGAGCUGGCCUACAUCAGCAGCAACUUCAUCACAGGCCACAGUAUCGGCAAGAACCAGCCCCGCAACAAGCAGAUGGAGGUGGAGUUCAGGAAACAGGAGGAGGUUCUUCGUAAGUUCCGGGCCCACGAGACCAACCUGCUCAUCGCCACCAGCAUCGUGGAGGAGGGCGUGGACAUCCCCAAGUGCAACCUGGUGGUGCGCUUCGACCUGCCCAUGGAGUACAGGUCCUACGUCCAGUCCAAGGGCCGGGCCCGCGCACCCGUCUCCAACUACAUCAUGCUGGCCGACAGCGAGCGCACCAAGACCUUCCAGGAGGACCUCAAGACCUACAAGGCCAUCGAGAAGAUCCUGAGGAACAAGUGCUCCAAGUCGGCAGAGCUGAUGGAGUUUGAGGCAGAGCACGUGCAGGACGAUGACGACAUCCUCCCGCCGUACGUGCUCCGCUCCGAGGACGGCGGGCCCAGGGUCACCAUCAACACGGCCAUCGGCCACAUCAACAGGUAUUGCGCUCGGCUUCCCAGCGACCCCUUCACCCAUUUAGCCCCAAAAUGUAAGAACUAUGAGAUGAAAGAUGGCCGCCACCAGUCCACACUCUUCCUGCCCAUCAACUCCCCACUGCGGGCUCCUGUCAAGGGUCCCAUAAUGAGCUGCGCCAGACUCGCCGAGAAAGGGGUGGCCCUGCUGUGCUGUGAGAAGCUUCACAAGAUCGGGGAGCUGGACGACCACCUGAUGCCGGUGGGGAAGGAGACGGUGAAGUACGAGGAGGAGCUGGACCUCCACGACGAGGAGGAGACCAGCGUCCCGGGCCGGCCCGGCUCCACCAAGCGCAGACAGUGCUACCCCAAAGCCAUCCCAGAGUGUCUGCGGGACAGCUACGCCCUGAUGGAGGAGCAGUCCUACUACCUGUACGUCGUCGGCAUGGUGCUCACCACGCCCCUCCCCGACGAGCUCAACUUCCGGCGCAGGAAGCUGUACCCCCCCGAGGACACCACGCGCUGCUUCGGCAUCCUCACCGCCAAGCCCAUCCCGCGGAUCCCCCACUUCCCGGUGUACACGCGCUCGGGGGAGGUCACCAUCUCCAUCGAGCUGCAGAAGUCGGGCUUCACGCUCACGCCGCCGCAGCUGGAGCUGAUCACGCGCCUCCACCAGUACGUCUUCUCCCACAUCCUGCGCCUGGAGAAGCCCGCCCUGGAGUUCAAGCCCACGCUGGCCGACUCGGCGUACUGCGUGCUGCCGCUCAACGUCGUCGGGGACUCGGACACGCUGGAUCUGGACUUUGAGUUCAUGGAGGACAUCGAGAAGUCGGAGGCCCGCGUGGGCAUCCCCACCACCCAGUACACCAAGCAGAACCCCUUCACCUUCAAGCUGGAGGACUACCAAGACGCCGUCAUCAUCCCCCGCUACCGUAACUUCGACCAGCCGCACCGCUUCUACGUGGCGGACGUGUACACGGACCUGACGCCCCUCAGCAAGUUCCCGUCGCCCGAGUACGAGACGUUCGCCGAGUACUACAAGACCAAGUACAACCUGGACCUGUCCAACCUCAACCAGCCGCUGCUGGACGUGGACCACACCUCCUCCAGGCUGAACCUGCUGACCCCGCGCCACCUGAACCAGAAGGGCAAAGCCCUGCCCCUCAGCAGUGCAGAGAAGAGGAAGGCCAAGUGGGAGAGCCUGCAGAACAAGCAGAUCCUGGUCCCAGAGCUGUGUGCCAUCCACCCCAUCCCGGCGUCCCUGUGGAGGAAGGCGGUGUGUCUGCCCAGCAUCCUGUACCGCCUCCACUGCCUGCUGACGGCCGAGGAGCUGAGGGCCCAGACGGCCAGCGACGCCGGCGUGGGGACCCAGAACCUCCCUCCUGACUUCAGGUACCCCAACCUGGACUUUGGCUGGAAGAGGUCCAUCGACAGCAAGGCCUUCAUCCCCUGCCCCGAGGCGUGCAGCGAGAGCCCCUGUCCUCACCAGCUGGUCGAGGAGGAGGAGGGGGAGGACGGCCCGCCUCCCUCGACUCCUCCCCCCUCCCCUGGGGCCCCCGAAGCCCCGCAGCCCGGGGACAAGGCCCCCAGCGGGGUCCUCCCCAACGGCACUGGCCCAGCCGGCGACCACGUCCCCCUUCAGGGCCCCCCGGAACAGCCCCUUCAGCAGCACGGCCCCCUCCAGGGCCCCCCGGAACAGCCCCUUCAGCAGCACGGCCCCCUCCAGGGCCCCCCGGAACAGCACCUUCAGCAGCACGGCCUGCGCCCCCGGCCCGGCUCGCCGCCGCCGCCGGCCCCCCCUACCUCAGCCCCCCAGCAGCUCAGCCUGGGACCCCCGGCCCCCCCGGCCAGCGACGACCCCCCGGCCCGCGGAGACGCAGCUACCUCCCUGGAAGUGGAGGUGGAGGAGCGCGCCGGGGCCCCGGACGCCCCCCAGGGCCUGGGGCCCAACCCGGGGCUGAUCCUGCAGGCGCUCACCCUGUCCAACGCCAGCGACGGCUUCAACCUGGAGCGGCUGGAGAUGCUGGGCGACUCGUUCCUGAAGCACGCCAUCACCACCUACCUGUUCUGCACCUACCCUGACGCCCACGAGGGACGCCUCUCCUACAUGCGCAGCAAGAAGGUGAGCAACUGUAACCUCUACCGGCUGGGGAAGAAGAAGGGACUCCCCAGUAGGAUGGUGGUGUCCAUCUUCGACCCGCCGGUCAACUGGCUGCCCCCCGGCUACGUGGUGAACCAGGACCGGAGCCGCCCAGACAGCAGGGCCUCGGACGAGGCCAAAGAUGAGCUGCAGGCCAACGGCCUCUCGGGAGAGGAGUACGACGAUGAGGACGACGACAUGGCGGAGGAGGAAGAGGAGGAGCUGGAGGCGGACGAGGAGCCGGCGCCGAAGGACGAGCCCAAGGACGAGGUGAACAUGGAGGAGGACCUGGAGUACUACCAGGAGCACAUCAAGUUCAUCGACAGCAUGCUGAUCGGCUCGGGCGCCUUCGGCAAGAAGAUCACCAUCGGCCUGCCGCCCUCGCCCACCCCCGCCCCCUCCCCGGCCGCCUCUUCCCCGGCCCCGGAGGAGUGGAAGCCCCCGCGCAAGUCGUCGUCGUCGCCGCACGCCGCCGCCGCCGCCCACUUACCCUCGGCGGAUGGGCCGCACGUUGGCGGCGGCAGCGGCGAGGAGUUUGACUACAGCUCGUGGGACGCCAUGUGCUACCUGGACCCCAGCAAGGCGGGCGAGGAGGACGAGUUCGUGGUGGGCUUCUGGAACCCGUCGGAGGAGAGCUGCGGCGCCGAGCUGGGCAAGCAGUCCAUCUCCUACGACCUGCACACGGAGCAGUGCAUCGCCGACAAGAGCAUCGCCGACUGCGUUGAGGCGCUGCUGGGCUGCUACCUGACCAGCUGUGGGGAGCGGGCCGCCCAGAUGUUCCUCUGCUCGCUGGGCCUCAAGGUGUUACCGGUGGGCCGGCGGACAGAGGCCGUGGCGGUGGCUCCUGACCUGGGCUACGGCUGGCUGAAGAUCCCCCCGCGCUCCAUGCUGGACCACCCCGAUGCCGAGCGCACCCUCAACCACCUCAUCUCCGGCUUCGAGAACUUUGAGGCCAAGAUCAACUACACCUUCCAGAACAAGGCCUACCUGCUGCAGGCCUUCACCCACGCCUCCUACCACUACAACACCGUCACUGACUGCUACCAGCGGCUGGAGUUCCUGGGCGACGCCAUCCUCGACUACCUCAUCACCAAGCACCUCUACGAGGACCCGCGGCAGCACUCGCCCGGCGUGCUGACGGACCUGCGCUCGGCGCUGGUCAACAACACCAUCUUCGCCUCGCUGGCCGUCAAGUACGACUACCACAAGUACUUCAAGGCCAUCUCGCCCGAGCUCUUCCACGUCAUCGACGACUUUGUGCAGUUCCAGCUGGAGAAGAACGAGAUGCAGGGCAUGGACUCCGAGCUGCGGCGCUCAGAGGAGGCAGAAGAGAAGGAGGAGGACCUGGAGGUCCCCAAGGCCAUGGGGGACAUCUUCGAGUCGCUCGCAGGGGCAAUCUACAUGGACAGCAGGAUGUCGUUGGAGACGGUGUGGCAAGUGUAUUAUCCAAUGAUGAGGCCACUUAUAGAAAAAUUCUCUGCCAACGUGCCGCGCUCCCCGGUGAGGGAGCUGCUGGAGAUGGAGCCGGAAACCGCCAAGUUCAGCCCUGCGGAGCGGACGUACGACGGCAAGGUGCGCGUGACGGUGGAGGUGGUGGGCAAGGGCAAGUUCAAGGGCGUGGGCCGCAGCUACCGCAUCGCCAAGUCGGCGGCCGCGCGCCGGGCCCUCCGCAGCCUCAAAGCCAAUCAACCUCAGGCGCAAGCCAGCUGAACGCCUGCUCCCCGCCGCCAGGGAGCUAGCGCCCUAAGCUAACGAGAGGCAGAGACACGAGCCCCGCGCUGACCUCUGCCCUGUGACCUUUGCCUCCCCCUCAACGGCACGGCCACAGCGGCCCGGGGAACACUGGGGGGGCCGCAACGCAACAAUCGAAUUGGUCUCGCGACGGAUUUCACCUUGGCUGUUUGGUUUAAUUUUUUUGUUUUCAUAUUUUGCGCAAACACAAUCUUUCCUUUCCUUUCCUUCUCUGCUUUGUGUAACCACAGGAGUGCUUUAUCGAUGUUAAGCAAGGCGUUGCAAGGAGAACGAGAGGGUUCGAGGCGCCCGGUCUGCUCAUUAUUCAGUUUGUUUUAACGUGAAGCGAGGCGUGUUAGGCUUGUUGUGUGGUGUUGGUGUGUGCAUAGUUUAGAUCAGAGGUGGGAAUCAAAAGUCCUGCAGGUGGGUAGGGCAGGAGUAACGCUAUACUCCUCGGUCUGUGCCCUCGUGCCAGUUUAUUAAGCGGUUUGGAAAACAAAAGGUUGCCCUCGGCCAUCGGAGGCCUCGGACAGAGUCUGUCCACGCCUCUGUUGCGCUACUGCCUCAAAAUUGUAUUUUAAAUCAGUUUUGCACUUAUUUCAUUAGGGUCUGUUAUUUUGAGACCUGAGAAAAGGAAUUUGCGUAGCAAAGUCUAUAUAAAAAUAAAUAAGUAAAUGAAAACUACAUUUUUAUAAUAUAGUUUGCCAUCGUUUUUAAGGCCUACCAUAUCCUGCAAAAAUGAUAGGAAUUUCAAACAUUCCCAGUUACUGUAAUUUAAAAUAGAUUUUAACCUUGGGUUUGCAUGUCGUUGAAACGUGUAUGUGUUGACCCUAACAACUGGACUGCUUAUAUGUAAUAAACGUUUAAUUAAUGGUGAUUGUGCCAGAGGGGGCCAUGAAGAAACACAAUGUUGGCAGCCUGACUUUGCCCAAACCCUUUUUGAUACGCAGUGAUUUAAAAUUACAUUGUUCAUCUUUAGCUCGACCAAUGACUUUAAUAAUGACGUCGAACCAAGAAAUUGCUUUCCACAAAAAUAAUAUUCAACAGGCAUUCUAAGAGAAAGACAUAUCAGCCGUACAAUAUGCUGCAGACGUUUCCUCAAAGAUCGGAUGCUUGUGUAAGGAACAGGCAGACACUUUUCGAAGGAAUGUUUCUCCGGAAAUGGGCCGUUUCAAUAUCAACACAUCCAGUGGUCCGUGCAUCCCUCAUUUACCAAAGCUUUUUGCAGAUGUGACUGUUAGAUUGAAGUCACUCCCAAGGAUUAGGCAGGCCAGCAGCUUAUCCUCGCUUUUUUCACUUCAGGUUUUGUUUGCUUUUGCCUCAAUGUGUUAUUUUUUUUGUUGUUUUUUACGAUCAGCCCCUUCUCAUUCAAAUACCUCAAUUAAUUGCAUGCAUUUUCUAUAUAUUUUUUCCUUGUUUGGUGCUAUCGUUUUUGUAUUGAGCUUGAACUCUCACUUUUUUUGCACUGUAACUAAAUACCUCUUUGUUUGACCUAUUUUUAUUUGGUUAUGUUUCAUUUUUCGAAUCUUUUGGGUGUGGUUGUCCUAUCCUAUAAGGCGCUCUAGGGGAGAGGUGUAUUGUCAAACUCCCCUACCUGAUGCAAAGCUGAAACGAGACGUUUUGAGCGUGGAGGGAGUGUGUUUUCUGCACAAAAGCCCAACAAUUGUAUCCCCUCAUUUCCUAAUCAUGGAUUUAAUUAGUCGCCAAACGCUUAAAUCACAUGGACAUCACCAAACAUAUGUUAUGCAAUGGCUAUGUUCUGCUCUGAUUACAGCCUGUGGCAGGUGACAUCACCAAGCAUCAUUUCAGCCAAUUAGAAAAGGCUCUUGCAAUGUCUGCUGUACCAUGGAUCGUGAUGUCCCUUGGGCGUGACUUUAGUGUUUAUCUACACAUUAUUAUUUUAUUUUGGGCGGGAGGGAUCGCUUUUCAUGAAUACAUUUAUUUUGUGGGUAGGCUCUCUUAAAUGCUCAUGGAGGUAAUCUGAUUGCACUCUGUAGCACGAAUUGCAAUUAUUUCAGGAAAUGUCGUACACUCUCAACUGACAAGAAAAAGUAAGUGUUAACUAAACCUCUGUGAAUGGCACUCUUGCAAAGUACUGUUGUUAGCAUGGCUACCUAAACUCUAUUUGAACAUCUAAACAUAACACCUUAUGUGCUUCUACCUCAAUAUACAGAUAAGAAAUAUUUUUUAAAAGUAUGAUAUGUAUUCCUGAUUAGUACUGCCCUUUUAACAAAUGCUUAUGGCAGGGACACAUACUGUAGUCUUUACUGUGAUACCUGUACCUUGAAAAGCGUACAUGUGUGUGUUUGUAGACAACAAAUUGCACUCUUGAGUCGACAUUCCCACAGAACAAAAAAGGUAGACAGCAUUGAGAAACCACCAACUCCCCAGAACACAUUAUCCAGUGCCUUCUGACCGUAACGAGACCGUGUCUAUUGAACAGUGCUGGCCGCGCAUACAGCUUAGUUCUACGGGAUGUAGGGAUGCAAAGACUCGCCUUGGAGUGCCAUACAUGUCUUUGUUCUGGGUUUAGCUUCUAUAGGCAUUGUAAAUAGCCAUGUAAAUAGUGAGCUGGGAGUUAUGCUUCAAAAUAGUAACCUUCAAUUAUAUGAGAAUGUGAACUAAAGUAGAGAAGAAAAAAGUACGGAUGUGACCUACAUUUUUUUCUUCACUCAACUCUUUAAUUGUAGUAUUACCAGUAAACAGAGUGCGAUCGGUCAUUAUUUCUGAAGCGAGAGUCCAAACCACUUGUCGUCGUCCCCCACCCCCGAGAGAGUAGGCCUACCGUUGAAUCAUUGUGAUCCUUUUAACAUCAGAGCAAGCUACAUCCAACAGCCUACAUGUUACCCACAGUGGUCCUGUUUUCGUCACUCAAUCACAAAGGCACACGGAACAUUUGUUGAUCCUGGAAAAGAAAAACGAUACAAGGAAAAACUGUAAGUGGAGUGCCACACUGGUAUCUUUCUUAUUUUGUGUGUGACGUGUUACAAAACGAAAUUAUAAUUGGUGGCAUGAAUAUUGUACAACCUCAUUGUUAUGUAGGUGGUUUAGUUAAGUGGCAAGUGGAUGUCAUGCAGGCGGUCAAUUAUUUUAUUUGUUUGGUUUUGUUAAGGGAGUGAUGAAGUGGAGAUGUUUUUGUUUUGUUUGUGCGUCACCAGCAGGAUAAUACUCUUAUUGGUAAUGUGGUGGGAUAUCUGUUUUGUUGUUUUUCGAUAUUUGUCUGUUUCUUCAUGUAGCACAAUGGAGCAUUGCACUUGGGCGCCAAACUUUACCUCAUGUUGGAGUGAAACGGAGAACAGAGGGAAGAGAGACUGAAGGUGUUUGUGUGUGUGUGUAUUUAUUUGAUGUGCGCACACAGCUUUUGGUUAGGAGGACUUGCUUGUUUCACUUUGCUGCUGUUUCAGUUGCUGGUGAAAUACAACUCUGUUCAAAGGAGAACAAAGACUGCCACAAGAGAAGAAUUAAACGGGCAUGUGAUUAAUACACUGAAGACUCUCUCACACACACACACACACACACACACACACACACACACACACACACACACACACACACACACACACACACACACACACACACACACACACACACACACACACACACACACACACACACAGACGUAAGGUAUUGGAGCCGCCUCCCUUUUCUGUAUUGGUAAAGGAAGGGCUAAUCCACACUAAACACCACAGAAACUAGGCUUCACCAAGCAGUGAAACACCAGCAGAUUACAACGGAAUGACGUGCUUUCUACCAGUAUGGUGUUGCAUGGGAUGGGGGGGGGGGGGGGGGGGGGGGGGGGGGGGGGGGACAAUGGUCCAUUACCUGCUGUGCGAAGAUUUUAAAGGACGUUGAAUUGAAUUCAACUGGAACUCCUCCCUCAUAUACUGUAAUACCGUGCUGUGGUGGUUUGCGGUCUGCACCUUAUGGAUCACAGUUACCUAUUCAUUUAAUUUUUGGUUCUUUUUUUUUUUUGUAAUUCUUGUAGCCGAAUCUAUAUAAAUAUACAAUAAAAGUAAUGGUAUGGUCGUUCACG